AUGUACCACUCCCGUGACGUAUUACCGUCACGACCCCCUACCGUCACUACGGCUCGAUCUAAACCAUCCCGUUCUCCUUCUUCUCCAACUCUCUCUCGUCUUCAGAGUUUCGCGAGACGCCUCUCGCUGGGGUCAAUACGUUCAUCUACAAAGUCAUCUCAAUCCACUACUCACAAAAAGAGCCAAUCACCAUCUAGGGCCAGUUCCCCAUCCCUGAUCACCACACCUGCAUUACCGGCCCCAGUACCACCAACUCCACCCGUCAGUGACGAGCUACAAAAAUCUACUGGAGAAACACCAGCACAACUUGACGGGACUUCAACAAGCUGUCCAGUAUAUCUAGAGAUGGAACCCUUGUCGCCACAACUACCUCCAAGUAGAGACCCUGAAGGAGGAGGGGGUAUUUCACUACUUCCUUCCGCAAGCCCACCCCUACCAAGCAGUCCAGUCUAUUCUCACCGCGAUGACGAUACAAGUCAUUAUCAUAAUGUUGGCGACGAGAGUUUACCUUCUGGACAGAAACGGCAUUUAAUGAAUUUUGAGAGCUCUUUUAGGGCUGAUUCAGAGCUCAGUCGGUUGUCUUCAAAUGCACCUGCAGAGCGCGAGGCCGAGGAGAGAGAGGUGCCUGGUAGGACUGCAUCUGCGUCUGAACUCGGUCGCGUAGGUGACAUGGGACCACCACCGCUUCCGGUUAACACGGGUGCUUCUGCUGCGAGUAAGAGACGUCUACACCGUAGCGCAAGUAACAUCUCAAAUCGGAGUAGCAAAUCAGGUCGAAGCAUUUCAGCGUCGAAUCGCAGCACAUCGGUUUCGCACAGAAACAGGAACGGGUCAGUGUCGACCACUAAGGAGGAGGUGGAAGAGGAGAAGAGCGAAGAGCGGCAACAGGGGAUCACUGCAGGUUCGUCACCGUUUUUGCCGUUUUCAACGGGCGAUUCAACCGGGUCCGAAGAACCUUUUAGCACCCCACUUCAUCUAUCUACUAGCGAUAACGACGCCGCACUCGAAAAUUUCAGUAGCAGCCCCACUGUUGCUGCGUUAACAAGAAAUUCUUCACGGAGCGCAUCGGCGCUGGGUCCAGCGUUCGUGCCCACUCAGCGUUCCAAAGAGCCGGAACAGCAGUCAUCAUCAUCAGAGGAAGAAAUUGGACUAGGGAUACAGAGGCAACCAUCAGCAAGAUCGUUACCAGGGGAAGAGGGAGCGGCUGUCAAAUCUUCAAGCGCCUCUACACUGUCUGCAAGAAUUCAAGCUAGUUCUUCGUCGAGUUAUGGAGCGUCGCAUAGGAAACGGCCAAAGUUUUUGAAAUCAAGACAGAGCUCGAGUCAACGGAGUAGUGUGUCGAGCAUGACGGAUAUGCACCUAGAUUUGAACCUGGAUAUGGAUCAUGAUGGAGCAAGCACAAUUACGGCGGGAGAUGUUGGCGGGGGAGCCUUGUCACGGUCUACCAGCUUGGGAUCCAUUGCUUCUGGGGUGACUGGAAUCGCUGGAGGAAGCAUUUAUGGAGAUAAAAACAACGGGGUUUCUAUGUCCGCAGCUGAAAGAGCUCUGGCCCGCCUUGAUGAAGAGGAACGAAAUUCAAGAAGGGGCUCUAUCGUUGAUGAUAAAGAAGCGGGUAAAGGUCGCCAGGCAAAAGAGGAAUACAAAGAACCCACAACGCCCACCGAUCAAAAACCACCGUUAGAACCCACGGACACUAUUAUAACUGCACAUGUAAAGUCGAUACACAUACCUGCAACUGUAACACGAGAGUACCAUUCCCGCCAUCUUGGCGGGAUGACUCCCGGAAGUCCAUCAAAGCGGACAGGUGCAGCUCCCGUUCUACCACAGGGAAAGAACAUGACUCUGAAAGAACAGAGUGCUAUCAUCGACCGUCUUCAAAAAGAAAACUUUGAUCUCAAGAUUAAAGUAUUUUAUCUCAACGAAAAACUCGAGAAACAAUCCGAUGAGGGAAUUAAGGAAAUGACAAAGGAGAAUGUUGAGAUGAAAGUAAAACUUGCCGAAGGGAUGAGGGAGCGGAAGUCACUCAAGAGACGACUGAAAGAGUUAGAGAAAAAGGUUGAGGAUAUGGGCGGCGAGAAAGAGGGGAGAGAGGACGGCGAAGAUGGUGAGAUUUGGGAAUUAAAGGAGCGGGUUGAGAGAUAUGAGAUCGAGAUCGAGGAGUUGACUCGCCGGGAGCGUGAACGCGAGGAAAGACUAAGAAACGACAUCGGGAGUAAAGGAGAGCCAGCAAGAGCUGAGGAUGUUGAAAUGCUUCGUGAAUUCCUUGAAACCGAAACCGCACGCAGGGAACAAGUCGACCUUGAGAAUCGUAGACUACGAGAGGAACUCUGGAGAUUGCGAAACGAGCCAAAUAACUCUCACCUAAGUACCGGUAGCACUCGACAAAACUCUGUACGAGGCGGUUCUGAACCAAGAGAGGAUGGCAGCUUAAUGAGUCAACUUCGUUAUGAGAAUGAUGAGCUCCGUAGAGAAGUUGGUGCCCAGACAAGCAUGCUUACCUCUAGGAACCGUGAAAAGGAACGGCUCUACCAGGAAAUCGAGGACUUGAAACUACACAUGCGGAAUGGCGGAAUUAGUUCUGCAAUGGGUAUGUCAGACAGGGGAAUGAUGAACGACAAUCGCUCGGUCAUUGGCGGCACCAUCCUCGGCAGUGACCGUAUCCUCGAACGAUCCAUUUCCCGUGCCGGUGCUGCAAGUGCAACCGGAACCCAUGCUACGAAUCUUAGUGAGAGUGAGAGAGAUGACUAUGAAAACGUCAAUGGUGAACUCCGAGAUCGUAUAUCCGAGCUCCGCCUAAAUAACCAAGAGCUUAAACUCCAACUCGAUGAUUGCUACCGCGCACUCCACCAGCGUGAAGAGGAAGCAAAGCAGCUCGAAGCUGAGUAUGCGGAGGAUCUCGAAGUCGCACAGGCAGAAGUCCAGGAAAUGCAAGCUGAACGCAACGAAGCUUUGCGCAUGCACGAGGAAAUUGGAUUAGAUUUCGAACAGCUGAAGGAGGAGGCUGAGGAGGAAAUCCAACGGCUCGAGGAGGAGAUGGUCAUCCGUGUGAAUGAGUUGAAUCAUGAGCUCAACCGGGUGGAGGAGGAGGCCCGCAUGAAGGAGGAAGACUUCAGGGGAUUACAGCUGGAGAUGAGGAAUGUAUCCGAAACCGUGGUUAGGUUAGAGGACGCUCAGGAGGAGCAUGCUGGUGAAAUCCAGCGGCUGGAACAGAAAAUCGAGGAGUUAGAGAGAACUAUACAGGAGAACGAAGAAGAGAUGAAUGCACUAGAGAGCACUCUCAGGGAAGCCAACGAAAAGAUCGAAAUGAUGACCGUCCAGAGCGAGAGUGCAAAGGGGGAAAUUGCAUUCUUGAGAGAAGAGCAAGAUGCUGAUAAGAUCAAAAUCGGAGAGUUACAGAACAUCAUCAAGGGCAUGACGAAGGAGGUCGAAGACGAACGGGAACGUUUCAAAGAGACCCAAGAACAACUAGAGGCCGAGCGUCACGAGCGUGAAAGCUCGGGUGAUCAACGCCACCAAGAAUGGGAAAAGAAGGUCAAUGAAAAAAAUAACGAAGUCAUGACUGUCAAAGAGGAAGUCCGCAGACUACGUGGUAAAGUUUCCACCCGCGAAGAAGAGGCGAAACAGUGGAAAGAAAAGUUGGAAGACCUGGAGAAGGCUCUCAGAGAAGCUAUGGGCGAUCUCUCGGGAACACGUUCUGGGAUACUUGAGUCAAUCGUAAACAUGCAAAGCGAACUGGAGAGUACCCUGGAGGAGCUGGAUUACACAAAGAAUUUGUUGAGUGAAAAAGACCGGAUGUUGAAGGAUAGAGAACAUCUUUUGGAGACUAUGGCACUAGAGUCGAGAAAACUCUCGGAUAUGCUUGAUAAAGAAAAAUCCGGUCGCAAGACAGAUCGUGCCACCAUUGAUACUCUACAAACAAACCAUCAACAAUCUCGACACAAGCUCUCACAGCACCAGACACAGUACACCGAUUUAGAGAAAGCUCGCAGUAAAGACAACCGUACUAUUCAACAGCUCGAGCAUCAAUAUCGCGAGCAGCUCGCAGAACGUAAUAAUCUCCUCAUUCAAAUCUGGCAGCGUCUCAGUGCCCUAUGUGGACCAGAUUGGACUCAACGCAAUAGUAUUGUCCAAACUACCACCGGCCCUGGCGGCGCUACCGGAAAACAGAGUAUGGAAACUGCAGUUGUUGGUGCUCUGCAAGGAUUCCAAAAGAAUAUGCUCUGUGGGGUCAAAACCAUCGAGAGUAUUGUGGCUGGAUUUAAAACCCGCUGCAGAGGCGUUGAGAGGGAUCUGUGGAAAGAAUAUCAGGUCGUUGAGAAUGCGCUUGAGAGCCGUACCCGUCGUUUAGAACGACUUGAAAAUCUCGUUCGCGGCGGUAUCGGUGAGCAAAGCGGCAUGAGAACUGAGGUUGCAAAGCUCAGGACCGAAAACAGACUCUUGAAAGCUGAACUCAACGUUAUGAAAAACGAACAGGCGGCCGCGCAACAGACGUCGCCCCUCCAUAGGUCGAAGACUGUUGCUAGCUCUUCUUCAAACACCAUUGUCGCUUCAACCCCAACAGAGCGGAAACACCGUCAUCGACAUCACCGUGAGAAGGACGGAGAUUCUAAGUCUGAUUUCCUCAACGAGAAGCAAGAAACUGCCCUUGUUGCCCCUCUCACUCCUGGCAUUAUGACUAGAACCGCUUCUACAGCCUCUGUGCCGGUGUCAACCGACUCGACAGACGUAUCUGAGAAGCGCUGGAUCUUGCGCCUUCGUGAACUUGAAAAGCGUCUCAAGGCUGAACGCGAGGCAAGACUGCUCGACCGCUCUGCGGCGAAGAAGAAGGUUGAUGAGGCGCGCGGGCAACGUGAAGAGUUGAAAGCUGAACUCGAGAGAGAACGGGGCGGAAAGCAAGUUGAGCGCAUUGAACCGGUGGCAGAAAGGCCCGUAAAAGAUCAAACCCCACCGGUCAUUGUAGUUGAUAAGGCGGAAGAGGACGAUGGUGAGAGGGAGAAAGACCGAGAAAAGAAGAGGAAAAAACACAAAGAGGGGGAGGGAAGCAGUGAAGGGAAAAAACACAGAGAUAGAGAUGAGAGCGACGGCAAGAAACACAGAUCUCGAGAAGGCCGUGAGGGGAAAAAACAUAGGGAUAGAGACGGCAGCAGCAGAGGCAGCAGCAGCAAAGAAAAACAUCGGGAACGAAGCGAUGGCAAGAAACAUCGCGAAAAGAGCGAGGGCGGAAAACAUAGGGAGGGUAGAAGCAGAGAAGGUAGAAGAAGCAGGGAAGAUAGGGAGCUCGAACAAGAGUAA